UGAGACCUUAAUAAACGAACCUUUGAGCAAGGUUUCAAAAGCUAAGCAAAGCUAAGCAAGGUUCAGAAAAUCGUUGACUCAGCGACUCGGAAUCUGCCAUGGCUCCUUCAACAUUGGAACACGACCGUAUUCUGAUGGUACGCGGUCUCGAAGACUUGGUCAAGUCGAUGAGACAUUGCGUCGAGACUUCUGAGGCGUAUCUCACAUCGUAUAAGGCUGCAUUUCCUGGAAAUGGACACCAAGAGGAUGUGAAACCUAUCAAGGCAAAACGGAAGCACUCUGAUGCAGAGGAGCCUGCCGUCGAUGGCAAGCGCAAGCGCCUCGUGAAGGCAAAGGACCCGAAUGCUCCCCGACGCCCCGCUUCGUCCUACUUGUUGUUCCAGAACGAAAUGCGGAAGAAAACUAAACAGGAACACCCAAACGUCACCUACCAAGAACUCACGCUUCUGAUGUCAAAAAUGUGGUCAGAAAUGACGGCCGCAGAGAAACAGAUAUAUAGUGAUCAACAUGAAGUGCUGAACAAAAAGUACGAAGAAGAACUGGCUGCAUACAAGGCACUACCCAAGGGUGACGAGGAGGAAGAUGAAGAGGGUUCGGUGCCUGCGGCAACGAGCAAGACCACCACCCGUGCCCCAAAAGAAAAAACUACCGACAAGGUGAAGGAAAAAGCGAAGAAGGGCGAGAAGGCGAAGGAUGAGAAAGCGAAGAAGGAUGAGAAAGCAAAAGAAAAGGAGAGAGAGAAAGAGCGCAAGAUGGAGAUGGAAAUGGAGAGAGAGAAAGAGAAAGAAAAGGAACGCGAGCUGGAAAAAGCCAAGCCCAAGCCCAGAAAGUCAGUCCCCGUGAUAGCCACUGCGGAAUCCGAUUCGAGUGAAGAGGAAGAGGAGGAGGAGGAGGCAUCAUCAUCAUCAUCAUCCACCAGCGACAGUUCUGACGAAGACGAGAGCCUACCUGAGAAGAAGGCCAAGACUUCCGUGCCGGCAUCGACUGCGACGACCUCGAGGAAGAAGAGAGCGUAGUAAGAGGUACUUAUUUUGGACUAUGUAUGAUCUUCUGAUGCGCGUUGUAUCCUACUUAUGCUGUACCUAACCUUUACGCUUGCGGUGAGAUCACGAGAUGCACUGUAAUGCAGUGCCAGGACCAAGGCCGGACCCUUUAUAAGGCUCUUCCCCGCACCACGACCAUCCUUUUACAUUUCCUUUGAAUGUCUCAGCCUCCAUCGUACAGCAGCGACCCCCAAGUAAACCCAGAUACCCGCCAGCUGCCGCCUGGCUGGAUCUCUCAAUACGAUAACAA